AUGGUCGCCAACAUCAACAUGGUGGGCUCAAACCAGAGCCGUGGGUAUGAAGAAUCUUCGAACAAGUUUUUCUCUCGCACGCAGCUUUUUCAGAAAAAACUGACACCAAGCGAUGUAGGGAAACUCAACAGGCUUGUGAUACAUAAGAAGGACGCAGUGAAGUAUUUACCUUUAAGAAGCGAUGAACAAAACGAGAGAGAAGAAGGCGAGAUAGGAGGAGCUGGGGAAGAUGUUGAGAUUGUGUUGUACGACAGAACAAUGAGACAAUGGAAGUUUAGGUAUUGUUACUGGAGAAGUAGCCAGAGCUUUGUCUUCACCAGAGGAUGGAAUGGUUUCGUCAAGGAGAAGAAUCUCAAGGAAAACGAUGUUAUUGUCUUUUACGCUUGCAGUGUUCCCAGCAAUGUCAAGACAUUAGAGGGUCAAAGCAAUAACUUUUUGAUGAUUGAUGUUCAUUGCUUUUCAGACAACGGUUUUGUGGUCCCUGAGGAAGUAAACGAGACUGUUCUUCAUAACAAUUGUGUGGAAGAAAUAAAAACAGAAAAUUUCUUUAAAACCAAGUUAGAAGAUGAAGAAACCAAAGUAGCUGAGAAGAAAGGUGGGUUUAUGCUGUUUGGUGUAAGAAUCCAAUAG